UUUGGAUUCACAGUGUGUGUGUCUUAGCUACAGCACGUCUCUGAGGCCUCCUCCACUCUCAAUGGUUUCCUGCAGUUGCCAACAGGCCCCAGUGAAUCAAUCAGGAUUAAGCUGGCUGUUGGGAGUUUAUUUUCUUAGCUGAGACGUCGUCAGUGUUGUGACUAGGCCGCAGGUUGUGUGUGUUUGAUUGUGUGUGUGAGAGUACUUCGUCAAUACAUUACAUGUUUGGGGGAGUCUGUAUUGUUCACGACUGCUGCUACAACUAGCCGAUGGAGGUUUUGAGUUUGUUGAUGCUGGUUUUUGGCCCCAGUUGUGAAGUGGGCUGUCUGAUGGUUUCAUGGCUUUAGGCUAGUGGGUUUAUGUGCAGAUGCGAUGUGGUGACAGAAGGAAGCGAGAGACAAUGCAGCUGGAGGCUGCGCUUGUAAUGAGGUUUUGCAACGUCGGUUGAGUGGAAACAGCCGAUCAUGAACUUGUUACUGUGCGGUUGAAGAAUUUCCUGGAUUUUGAAACUGGACGACGCUGGGGCGUGAGCUUGCAGUUUUAGUGUUGGAACUGAGUGGCGAACAUCGCCAUCCUUGCAUCUCUUGUCGGAGCCUGAUUUGUACAGUAAUAGUUUGUGUGUUCAUUCAAAACUUGGCACUGAUAUUGGCAUCGCCCGCUGCUGUUAUAAACUUCUGGGUUUAUUGUGAUGACGGAUUUCUGAAUCAAUGUGAGUCGAUUCCGAGCUGUAGUAGUAGAAUGACGAGACUGUAACACAAAAAUGUCACAUGCAGUGGCUAUGGCCAUCCUAGAAUGAGCUGCACUGGUUAGUUUCGCUCUCAGGACCUGGUACUGCACGCAGCUGGCACCAUUUAUGCCGAGGAAUGAUUAAAUCAGAACUGGCAAAGGUUGAGCUGACAAUGUAGAUGAGGGGAUGCUUUGCAAAGUGAAGUUGCAUUGUAUUUUUGAGCUGUUUUUGAUCAAGCUGGUGGUGAUCGGGUUCGAACGUCAGUUCUGAAGACAGAACAUUUGUGGUUUUCAAUGAUAUGAUCAAGUUGCUGCAAGGAUUGCAGUACCCGAGUAUAGGUGCUACUCACCAUGGCCACAUCUAACACUUCAAUGGAAGGCAUUGAUAUAUGGGGGAGUCGAAAGACCUCGGCCUGCGGGCGAGCCAGCAGUAGGUCCAGAUCCAGGUCAUUUAGUGUGGGCUCCGACAUGUUCUUCUCUCGGAAGGCAACGCCGUCCACGCGCCAUGAGACGGAGGACGACGAGGAAGCGCUCAAGUGGGCGGCUUUGGAGAAGCUGCCUACUUAUGAUCGUCUUCGGACGACCAUCCUUCAAAAGAGCCUUGGAAGCCGAGUUGUGCACGAGGAAGUCGAUGUCACCAAAAUCGGGUAUGAGCAGCGGCGGGAGAUCAUUGACAACUUGUUGCGGGUCGCGGAUGAAGACAACGAGAGGUUCUUGGUGAAGCUCCGCAAUCGCAUAGACAGAGUGGGAAUUCAGCUUCCCACAAUUGAGGUCAGAUACGAGAACCUGAUGGUUGAUGCCAAAUGCUUCGUGGGAUCUAGAGCGCUACCGACACUUAAGAAUGUCACGAUCAACAUCCUUGAGAGUAUUCUGGACUAUGUGGGUUUAUCGCCAGCAAAGAAGACGGAAUUGAAUAUUCUUCACAAUGUUAGUGGGAUUGUCAAACCAGGGAGAAUGACAUUGCUGCUGGGACCACCAAGCUCUGGAAAGACCACACUGCUUCUUACAUUGUCCGGGAAAGUAGACAAAAGUCUACAAGGUCAGGUGAAAGGGAAUGUGACAUACAAUGGACACACAUUGGACGAGUUCGUGCCUCAAAAGACUUCAGUGUAUAUCAGUCAGCAAGAUCUCCAUGUAGCUGAAAUGACCGUCAGAGAGACGCUCGAUUUCUCCGCAAGGUGUCAAGGAAUUGGCACUCGAUACGAGAUGCUCGCUGAACUUGCAAAACGAGAGAAACAAGCGGGUAUUUUCCCUGAGAAAGAUGUGGACGUCUACAUGAAAGCAACAGCAGUCGAAGGCAUGAAAAGCAGCCUCUCCACUGAUUACAUUAUGAAGAUUCUGGGAUUGGAUGUGUGCUCGAACGUGCUCGUCGGGGACAGCAUGCACCGAGGCAUCUCCGGAGGCCAGAAGAAACGCGUCACCACUGGAGAAAUGAUUGUUGGGCCGACGAAAGCACUCUUUAUGGACGAGAUCUCCACAGGCUUGGACAGCUCCACGACAUACCAGAUCGUCAAAUGUCUCUCACAGUUCUGCCAUGUAAUGGAUGCCACUAUUAUGAUGUCGCUGCUGCAGCCUGCGCCCGAGACUUUCGAGCUAUUCGACGACGUGGUGUUGCUCUCUGAAGGGCAAGUCGUUUACCAUGGUCCACGGGAACAUAUUCUCGAGUUUUUUCAGUCGUGUGGGUUCGUCUGUCCAGAUCGGAAGGGCGUUGCAGAUUUUUUGCAGGAGGUCACGUCGCGGAAGGAUCAAGAGCAGUAUUGGAGCAACAGGCCACAGGAUUACCGGUAUGCUUCGGUGAAGCAGUUCGCCGAAAUGUUCAAGACGUUUCAUGGGGGGAUUAACUUGACGGAGGAUCUCUCCACGCCAUAUGAGAAGGAACGCUCACACAAGGCAGCCCUAACCUUCGAUCGUUAUGGUGUUAGCAACAUGGAGCUUUUCAAAGCAAAUUUCGCCAAAGAAUUUCUGCUCAUGAAGCGGCAGUCAUUUUAUCAUAUCUUCAAAGCUUGCCAGAUUGGGAUCAUUGCCUUCGUUGCCAUGACCACCUUCUUCCGCACAACGAUGGGCCACGAUACAGAGGCUGAAGGCGCUGCUUACCUCGGAGCCUUGUUCUUUGGAAUCCUCAUAGUGAUGUUCAAUGGAUAUGCCGAGCUCUCAAUGACAAUCUUUCGCCUGCCAGUAUUCUACAAGCAGCGAGACUUGCUGUUUUACCCAGCGUGGGCUUUCGCUCUUCCAAGCAUGGUGUUAAGCAUCCCAUCGUCCAUUGUAGAGGCUGGAAUCUACACUCUGAUCUCUUACUACGGCAUGGGCUUCGCUCCGGAAGCAAGCAGGUUCUUCAGCUUCUUUCUGUUGCUCACAUUGGUACACCUCAUGUCGGGUGCGCUGUUUCGAUUAAUUGCCGGCAUUUGUCGAACCAUGGUGAUUGCAAACACAGGCGGCACCUGUGUGUUGAUCGUCUUCGUGCUCCUUGGAGGGUUCAUUAUCCCGAAAGAGAAGAUCAAGCCGUGGUGGGUCUGGGGCUACUGGUCGUCACCCAUUACGUAUGCAGAGACCGCCAUCUCUGUGAACGAGUUCCUCGCACCUCGAUGGGCUACAGAAACACUGAACAGCACCAUAACGCUAGGACACAAAGUGAUGCAUAACUUUGGAAUUCACCAAGAUGCUUACUGGUAUUGGCUUGGAGUGGGGACGCUUGCUGCUUACACGCUUGCCUUCAACACUUUGUACACUCUCACUCUCACAUAUUUAGAUCCUUUAGGGAAGCCGCAAGCAGUCAUUUCAGAAGAAGCGCUAGCUCAGAAGAAUGCCAAUCGAACAGGAGAGGAUGUCGUGGUGUCAAAGAGACACAGGUCAAAAAGAUUCCGCGCAAGGUCAAAGGACACAAUCAACAUCUAUGGAAGCAACACCCAAGAUGUAGAGGAGCACCUUCAGGAGCACGUUUUGAAAAUAAUCGACGGAAGCAAUGGCGCCGCGGAACCUUCGUCCAUUCUAGUGACGCGACAGAAACGGGGGAUGAUUCUGCCAUUCAAGCCGCUAGCAAUGUCUUUCAGCGAUAUAAAAUACUUCGUGGACAUGCCAGCGGAGAUGAGAGCCCAAGGGGUGACGGAAGAAAGAUUGCAGCUCCUAUGUGGAGUGACAGGAGCGUUUCGUCCUGGCGUGCUCACAGCAUUGGUUGGAGUGAGUGGCGCUGGGAAGACGACGCUCAUGGAUGUGUUAGCAGGGAGGAAAACCGACGGCCACAUUGAGGGGGAGAUCCGCAUAUCUGGUUUUCCAAAGGUGCAAGAAACAUUUGCGAGAAUAUCUGGGUACUGUGAGCAGAAUGAUUUUCACUCGCCGCAAGUGACUGUUAGGGAGUCACUCGUCUUCUCUGCUUGGCUUCGGUUGCCUCCGGAAACCGAUAAAAAAAUUCGGGCGCAAUUCGUGGAGGAAGUGAUGGAAUUGGUGGAGUUAAAGUCAUUGGAACACGCGCUGGUCGGCUUGCCUGGCGUGACUGGUCUCUCUACGGAACAGAGAAAGAGGUUGACUAUAGCAGUGGAGCUCGUCGCCAAUCCUUCUAUCGUCUUCAUGGAUGAGCCUACCAGUGGACUCGAUGCUCGAGCAGCUGCAAUUGUCAUGAGAACUGUGAGAAACACGGUCGACACAGGACGCACAGUUGUGUGCACCAUCCAUCAGCCAAGCAUUGACAUCUUUGAGUCUUUUGACGAGAUGUUGCUAAUGAAGCGGGGAGGACAAGUCGUCUACAUGGGACCGCUUGGACGUAAUUCGGAAACACUUAUCAAGUAUUUUGACGAUAUCCCUGGAGUACCUAAGAUAAAGGAAGGCUUCAAUCCGGCGACAUGGAUGUUGGAAGCAACUAGUUCAGCAGUGGAAUUGCAGCUCAAAAUAGACUUUGCGGAAAUUUACAAGCAGUCCUCACUAUUUAGGCACAACAAGGAGCUAGUGAAGACUCUCAGUAUCCCGGCACAGGGAGCAAAAGACUUGAGCUUUCCAACGCAAUACUCUCAAUCAUUCUGGACACAAGUUGUUGCCUGUCUGUGGAAGACCAAGCUGACUUACUGGCGCAGUCCCGAUUACAAUUGUGUGCGGUACUUCUUCACUUUCAUGACGGCAUUCAUCAUCGGCUCUAUGUUUUGGGGAGUAGGCAAGAAUACAUCCGAUCAGGUGAAUCUGUUCAGUGUCUUGGGAGGGCUGUUCGCUGCUACCCUAUUCCUUGGCGUGAACAAUGCGUCCAACGUCCAACCAGUAGUUGCUGUUGAGCGGACGAUCUUCUACCGGGAGCGUGCAGCAGGAAUGUACUCAGCCGUCCCUUAUGCAAUCGGCCAGAUGUUGAUAGAGAUCCCUUACUGCUUGAUCCAAAGCAUUGUGUUCUCCUUGCUCACCUACUCGAUGAUGAGUCUCGCUUGGACAGUCAAGAAAUUUUUCUUCUACACCUUCAUCAUGUACUUCACUCUUCUCUACUUCACAUACUAUGGCAUGAUGGCAGUGGCUCUCACACCGAAUCAUCAAAUCGCCGCGAUUGUCUCCUCCGGGUUUUACUCCAUCUUCAACCUCUUCUCAGGUUUCAUGGUGUUCAGACCUAACAUCCCUGUGUGGUGGGUGUGGUACUACUGGGCCUGCCCUGUGGCGUGGACACUCUAUGGACUCAUCACCACACAGUUCGGAGACGUGACGAGUCUUGUAAUUCCUUCGGACGGUUCGCCACCGAUCAUGGUGAAAGAUUACGUGGAGAAGACUUUCGGGAUGACUUCGGAUAUGAUUGGGCCUGCUGUUGCCAUGCCAGUGGUGUUCACCGUGGUUUUCGCUGCUGUUUUUGCGAUUGGAAUCAAGUAUUUCAAUUUCCAACAGCGAUGAUCUCAGGGACCUCGACACAGUAUGAUGCGAGAAUUUUAUCUUAGACAUUUGUACAAUAUUUUCACAUACGGGUGAGCAAACAAUCUCGAAGGUGGUGUAAUAAAGGGUUGAAAGGAGGCACCGCGGGGACUUGGUAGAUUAUGAAGAUGAUACACUAGCCAAUCGGAGAGAUUGAAUCAGGACGAACCCUUUUAAAUGGCCACUUUACCCUCAAGGGAAAAUUUAUUCUUUGUAAACGGGUUAUUGUCUAAGAAUCAAACUUAUUUUAUUCAAUGCCACAUGGGCCCACAAA